GAUCUUCAGCCAGGGCACUGGCGUAGAUACACACGCUCCGUGCUGGUCUGCCCCCAGCACCUCGCCUGGAGCUCCCACGCCACGACAGUCUCGCCCUCUGCCCCUUUCUCCCUGCCUCCAUCCCGCCAGCACCAUGAGCCGGCCAGAACUGCUCGCCGUCCUGCUCCUGGCCGUGCCGGCCGUCUCCCUUCCUGUGACAAAUGACAUGAAUAAGGGCGACACUAAGGUGAUGAAGUGCAUUGUAGAGGUCAUCUCUGAUACUUUAUCUAAGCCAAACCCCCUGCCGAUCAGUGAGGAAUGCCUAGAAACUCUCCGAGGAGAUGAACGAAUUAUUUCUAUCCUUCGCCACCAAAACUUAUUGAAGGAACUUCAGGAAAUUGCUGCUCAAGGUGCCAACGAGAGAACUCAGCAGCAGAAGAAAAGCAGUGGCUUUGAAGAUGAACUUUCUGAAGUCCUUGAAAGUCAGAACGACAAGAACAAUCAGAGAGAUGCAACAGGGGAGAGUGCUGAAGAGGAGCAACCCACAGGGUCCCUGGCACCACAGAAGCCCCAGCAAAGUGAAGACUCAAGAGAGGAGGGAAAAAACAGCCUGGAGGAGAGGGAAACCAGGCCAUGGGAUACCAACCCUGUUGAAAAAGAGGAUCGGGAGGAAGCUGAGAGCAAUGACAUCAGGGAUACAGAGGAUACCCAUCGAAACAAAGUUUUGGACAACCACAUUGGCAAAAAUUUCAGUGAGGAUGAGCAGCAGCAGCAAGAGGAUGAAGAGGAGGAGCCCAGAGGCUCCAGGGACAGCCUGGAACUUGAGGAUGAGGGAGAAGAGCCAUCCAGACAGGGCCAGGAGCACAGCAAGGAGGUAGCAGGGGAACGUGUGGAGCGGGAGGAUGAUGGAGAUGAAGCUGCAGAGGAGGACCCUACUGAAGCAGAGAGGUCACUUGAUUUGGCUGAGGAGGAUGAGAAGGCUGAGGAGAUGCAGGGAGGUGACAAUAACGAUGAUGAGCUGGGAUUUGGAAAAGAUGUGCGGAGCUCUGAAGAGGAGGAGGAAGAGGAGGAGGAAGAGCAACCCCGGGCACUGAGAGGAGGAAGGCAUCGCCUGGAGGAUGAGGAGAUGCAGGGAGAAGAGGACACCUUUCAGCCCAGGGAUGCCAAAAGUGAUGAGAUAGAGGAGGAGUCCUCCAGGGAGUGGGAAGACACCAAGAGGUGGAACAAAAUGGAUGAGCUGGCCAAGCAGCUGACAUCAAAGAAGCGCAUGGAGGAAAAUGAUAGUGAGGAAGACCCAGACAGGUCCAUGAAAAAGACAUUCAGGUCCCGCAAGUAUGCCUUCAGUAGCCCAGAGGAAGAUGUGAGAAGGUCAUGGAAGCGUCACUCGAAGGAGGACAGCAGUGAAGGAGGCUUUCCACUUGCUCCCAUGCCUGAAGAAAAGAAGGAUGAGGAAGGCAGCGCUAACAGGAGAACAGAGGACCAGGAGCUGGAGAGCCUGGCUGCCAUCGAGGCGGAGCUGGAGCGCGUCGCCCACAAGCUGCACGAGCUGAGGCGAGGCUGA